UGUAUUGUUUCGUAGAUCACUCGCAUACAUAUGUUUACUGACGCCCUUUCUUAUAUAUAAGUUUCGCUAUAUAGAAGUUUAGCUUGUUUACUUUAGUUUUUAUAUAUAAAUAUAUAAGCUACAGUUAUCGUCGUUAGUUUAAAGCGAUUCGUCAAGAGGGAAAAAGAUAUGAUAUCCUCAAAUUAUUUUUUCCAAUGAAUAAAUUAUUAAAGAAAUAUUUAUCAGCACAAAUUUUCGGCAAACAUAACUCAGCAUCUUAUAGAAAAAAACAUAAGCGUCAUUUUCAAACUUGAAGCUAUACAUGCAAUCAAUAAGAAUACAAUUAUGUGAACAAAAUGAAGUUUUUCUGUAAAUAUCGACACACAUAUAUAUCAUUUAUAUCUUACAACUGAGAAAUGAACAUAUCAGAGAAUACAGCUGUGGCUUGCUUCCAUUAAAAUUGCGUUUCAAUUCGCAAUAUACUUCGUAAUAUAGUUUUCUGAUAACACAAAUAUAAUUGGAGACGAAAAUGAGGUCGAUAGUAUUUCUUGGAGUCGUUCUGAUAUUUACCGUCACGGUCGCUAACGAGAAUAGAAUAUAUUCCAAGAAAAUAAAUUGCUCGUCCGUUUCUGAGAAUUUAAAUAUCACUGAAGUAAUGCCAAUAAAAUAUGAUGCUAGAAUCAUAGUAAAACCAGAUCAAAGAAUAUUAUCAGGCAUCAUGAAUAUCUUGAUUGACGUCAAGAAAUCAGUGUGGAGCAUAAGCUUACACGCACUAACGCCACCUGCCUAUGAUAUUUUUCUUUUAUACGCCACGAAUGUUACGAUAUUUGAUUCAUUUUUAAAGGCUGAAUCGAGACGUACACGUUAUAAAUUUUCCGAGUUCCAAUAUUGUGACAACAAGAAUCUUAUAAUUUUGAAGUUUAACGAAAUACUAAGUAAAGGAAAAUAUCUGUUAACACUAGUUUAUAGGUCCAUUAUAAAUCACAAUAUCCAGGAUAUCUUUUACCCAACUACUUGGAGUAGCAGAAAUCAAAAGUUGCUCACAAAUCUCUACACACCACACGCGAUACGAGCAUUCUUUCCAUGCUGGGACGACCCGAGAGUAAAAGCAACUUACAACAUAUCCAUCUUAUUUCCCGCAGAUUACACAGUUUUUUCAACAAUGUCCGAAAACUACUCUUCCUAUGUAGAGCCAGCGAUUACAAACUUUGGCAUAAAAUUGACAAUUUUCAAAGAAUUCGUUUUGAUGCCCACUCAUCUGAUAGUAUUUUUGAUAAUCAAUGAUAUCACGAUGGAUUUUGAUAAACGCGAUAUCCAUUAUAUGUGGCACAAAAUAGACGCGGGUAAAAGAUUCACUUAUUUGCUAGAAAUGGCAGAUAAUGCAACAUGUUAUUUUGUUACUCACAUGAAAAUGAACGCAUCGGUAUUCUCUCCUAAAAUUAACCAUGUCGUACUUCCAAAUAGUCCUAUGAAAUCAAUGGGUGCACCCGGUUUUGUUGUUUACAGGGAAAAAGAUAUUACGUUCGACGAAGUUUUAGAUUUUCCGUGUAGGGAUUUAGAUGUUAUAACGUUAGUAACAUACGAAAUGGCACGUCAGUUGUUCGUAGGUGUUGUCAGCCCGCAAUUAGAUACUGAUUAUGUAUGGUUGAACGAGAUAUUUGCAUCGUUCUACGGCUAUUAUGUCAUGGACAAGAUAUGGGAAUCAAACCGAUUAAUGGAACUGUUUGUAGUUAAAAUUAUACAGCCCACUCUAAGCAGUGAUAUACUCUUAGAAAGGAAACCUAUUAUGAACGAGGCUAAGAACAGUGUUGGAAUUGAUGGAUUACUUUAUCCUCUUCUCUAUCAUAAGAAAGCAUUUGCUCUAAUUCGCAUGCUGUCUCGACUUUACCGUCCCAAAGUUUUCAACGAGGCUAUCAGGAAAUAUGUAAACGAACGUACAAAGAAUAUAUGGAGUAUAUUGGAAGAAGCUUAUUCCAUACGAAAUAUGGCCCACGAUACAAGCAAUACGAUAAAAGAAGUCAUGAAUACAUGGUUAACGAAAACACACCACGCCGAGCUGCUUGUCGAACGUUAUUAUGACAAACGGCGACCUGUGACUUAUCUCUCAUUGUAUGCACGGAUUAAUCAUAAUGAAUGGAUAAUACCUGUCAAUUAUUUUACGGAAAUGACUUACAUGUCUUCCAAUACUUUGGAUGUUAUGUGGCAUGAUUGGUGUUACUUGAAUAGUACCCUAAAGGCAGGGUAUGAUGAUAUGCACAUACCUAUAGAUAAUUUCCUCAUAGUCAACGUAGAACAAUCAGGUUACUACCGUGUUAACUACGACGACAGGAACUGGAUGCUACUAUCGACGCACAUGCAAAAAAACAAUACCCCACACAUACCUCCCCUUACUCGUGCUCAACUGAUAAAUGAUGCGUAUUAUUUCGUAACAGUAAGAGAAAUCAGUGCUUCUAUUUUCGUCGAAGUCACUAAGCAUCUAAAGAGGGACACAGAUUUUAUCGCAUGGUACCCUAUGUUUAACAUUCUGUUGGAUAUGUCACCUUACUUUAAGUUCUUUGAAAGUAAUUAUAUUAAGGGACACUUUUCCGAAAUCCUUGAUGGAGUACUUAUCACAAUAGGAUACGAAGAGAAUUCGAGUGAUGAUCGAAUGAGAAAAUCGCUAAGACAUUUAGUACGGAUGUGGGCCUGUAAACUUGACCACCCUGUGUGUCAAAAUACUGCAUCCCAUCGUUUAAUAGAUUAUUAUAUAGAUAAUUUGGAACAACUAAACAAACUUUGGGUAAUGACGAAAGAAUGGAUACUUUGUGAUGGAUCGAAGUUAGAAAAUUUAGAUGAUUGGAAAAUUAUUUUAAAUAAAAGUAUGAUUUAUAAUAAUACAGAGCUCUUAGAGUAUUUGUCAUGUACUGAAAAUACUUCGAUCAUCAUAUAUUACUUAAAUUUGAUGCUACGGACAGAUUAUUUCUCGAGACUAGAACAAUCUAUGGGACCAAUAUUUCGUAAGAUUGUGAGAAAACAUGUUAGAAAAAAUAUUGUGUUACGAUAUGUGGUCGAUAAUUAUCGUACAAUAGUAAGCAGGUUUCCAGAGGAUUUCCCAGCUGGCAUUUUAAUAAGUGAUAUGAUUAUGAAUGUGUAUACAUUGAACGACCUCUAUAUUAUACGAGAAUAUGUUCUCAGAUUAUUCCUUCCGGAUACGGGAGGUAUUUCAUUUGCUUCACAUCUUCUGCAAUCAACCGACGUGCUGACUAUCCAUCGGCAAAGAUAUUUAGCGAAAGUGCUGGACAAGUUUCAAGAGUUUAGUCGAAUAGACGAAUAAUCGAACUGAGAAUGUUUAAAAGAGAUCGACGCUUUAAUCUCCAGGAUCAAAUCAAUAUUAUAUAAAAUAAUCAAAAUAAUCAUUAUAUGAUAUUGCAUACUAUAUUACUGUUAUUAUUAAGAAUGCUUUUCCAAAACGAUAACAUUUUUUAAUUUUUUAAAAAUACUAACAUGUGGUAUAUGCUGCAUGGCUUCCUAUAAUAUUAAACAUUUUGAUAAGAUCUAUAUCUGACAUAAAAAAAGAUUUAUUCUUUUAUUAUUUACGUAAUGUAUGAAAGAUCGUUCAUUAGAUACGUUGAGGGAAAUUUAUUUUGAGAAGAGUAGAUAUCUUAAUGAAUAAAUGAGAAUUAUGUUAAAAAGGAACUGGAACAUACGCGCUUUGUAACUGUAACAUUAUGUAUGUACAUUAUAUUGAUAUUAUUUUUUUGUUAUCAUAAUUUAAUAAAUUU